CCUCCCCGAAGGUUCCGGCCGCCAAGAUUGCGAGUUCCCACCAAGCGUUGCUUCCGGACUCGGCCACUGGAGCGUGUUCCUGAUUGGCUUGCUCUGGAGGCUAGGAAGGGACCUGUUAGAGACUGGGACCACUUCCUGAAGAGCGAGGCAGGAAGUUAUAUCCCUUUUUGGAGUCCUGUAGAAGUGCUCUGUGCUGCACUGGUAUCGGCGAGAGCUGGAGGUGUUGGGUCGGGAGACCCGCCGGCCGUUCGGUCCCGCUGCAGGUAGGAGCUGAUUUCCAUCGCGGCACCACGGCCCACACCUCCAGCCCCGAGCCCGGCGCGGCAGCCCGGGGGUCUCCUUCAGGCUCCUUGACGCGGCUCCAGGGGGCACCUACCCAGGCAUCCUCUGGGCCUCGAGCCAGGGGACUGGGUCCCGGCUUCAGCACUCCCGGCUGCAGUAAGAAGUGCCUUUGUCGCCCUGCUCCCUGCCACCAUCCCGUGAACCACCGAAACCCUGGUCCAGCGCGACAGCCUUGGACCUGGGACUGGACGGAUCCAAAACGCUCAGCCCCGGCUCCCCACAAACGGGACUCUGUAUCGUCUCUGAUAUGUCGCCCACCAUCUCUCACAAGGACAGCAGUCGGCAACGGCGGCCAGGGAAUUUCAGCCACUCUCUGGAUAUGAAGAGCGGUCCCCUGCCGCCGGGAGGUUGGGAUGACAGUCAUCUGGACUCAGCUGGCGGGGAAGGGGACAGAGAAGCUCUUCUGGGGGAUGCCGGCACUGGCGACUUCUUAAAAGCCCCACGGAGCUUCCGGGCCGAACUAAGCAACAUUUUGCUGCUACUCUUUCUUUACGUGCUUCAGGGCAUUCCCUUGGGCUUGGCAGGAAGCAUCCCACUCAUUUUGCAAAGCAAAAAUGUUAGCUAUACGGACCAAGCUUUCUUCAGUUUUGUCUUUUGGCCCUUCAGUCUCAAAUUAGUCUGGGCCCCGUUGGUUGAUGCGGUCUACAUUAAGAACUUCGGUCGUCGCAAGUCUUGGCUUGUACCGACGCAGUAUAUACUAGGAGUCUUCAUGAUAUAUUUAUCCACUCAGGUGGACCGUUUGCUCGGAAAUACCGAUGGCAGAACACUCGACGUGGUUGCUCUCACUGUGACCUUCUUUUUGUUUGAAUUCUUGGCCGCCACUCAGGACAUUGCUGUGGAUGGUUGGGCGUUAACUAUGUUAUCCAGGGAAAACGUGGGUUAUGCUUCUACUUGCAAUUCCGUGGGCCAAACAGCGGGUUACUUUUUGGGCAAUGUUUUGUUUUUGGCCCUGGAAUCUGCCGACUUUUGUAACAAAUAUUUGCGGUUUCAGCCUCAACCCAGAGGAAUAGUUACUCUUUCAGAUUGGUUUUUCAGCAGCAGAUGCUGUAACAGGACUGAAAUUGGUAGAAGAGGGAGUACCCAAAGAACAUUUAGCCUUAUUGGCAGUUCCAAUGGUUCCUUUGCAGAUAAUACUGCCUCUGAUUAUCAGCAAAUACACUGCAGGUCCCCAGCCAUUAAACACUUUUUACAAAGCCAUGCCCUACAGGUUACUGUGUACAGCAUGUAUGUUUCUAUAAUGGCUUUCAAUGCAAAGGUUAGUGAUCCACUUAUUGGAGGAACAUACAUGACCCUUUUAAAUACCGUGUCCAAUCUGGGAGGAAAUUGGCCUUCUACAGUAGCUCUUUGGCUGGUAGAUCCCCUCACAGUAAAAGAGUGUGUAGGAGCAUCAAACCAGAAUUGUCGAACACCUGAUGCUGUUGAGCUUUGCAAAAAACUGGGUGGCUCAUGUGUUACGGCCCUGGACGGUUAUUACGUGGAGUCCAUUAUUUGUGUUUUCAUUGGAUUUGGUUGGUGGUUCUUUCUUGGACCAAAAUUUAAAAAGUUACAGGAUGAAGGAUCAUCUUCAUGGAAGUGCAAAAGGAGCAAUUGAUGUAUACACUACUGGACAUUCUAGAAAGGUAAUUGUAGUUUAGUUUCAAUUCAAAGAGCAAUGAUAAUCAGUGCGCAGUAGUAUAAAAUAUUAUUUUAAACAAAGAAAUUAUUAAUAUAAAAUGCCAAAUGGUUGAAAAAAUAGAAAUCUCUCUGUAUAUUUGAUCGUGUUUUUCUUUGCCUUGUUGACUUAUUUAAAGUUUACGUAAGGUCAGGAAAUUCUAAAACCACUUUUUUGGUCUUGUUAUUUGAUUUAUAUCUUUUAAAUUUACUGACCAAAGCAUGUUUUAAGUUGCAGUGCAGUAGUUGUGGGUGGUAACCAUAUAGUCAAGUAUUGUUACUAGUACUUGUCACUGAGCUACAUUUAAAAUUUUGGUAUAAUAUAUACAAGGGAGAAGAGCUUGAUAUUCAGGUACUAACCACAACUAGUCUGACAUCGUUGGCAGUUAAAAUCUUAUUUUGAAUUAUAAAUUAGUUAAAUUUUAUGUGCAAUUUGCCGAGAAGAAAAUUAUAGACUACUGACAUGUCAUUUUAGUUAUUUUUCUUAUGACCACAUUGUACAAAUGAAUCUGUGUUAAAAAGACUAUUUUAAAUGUAUUUCCUGCUUUUGUAAGCAUUAAAGAUUUAUAAGAAGAUUAUUCAAACUAUUUUUUAUAAAAUGAAAGUUAUGGUUUUUAAAUUUAUUGAUUCCUCUUGCCUCUACCCCCUUUUGCCCCUACCCCCUCUUUUUUUAAGAUAUUUUGAUUCCUUAUAAACGUUUAUCCUAAGCUUACAUCUGUUUUCUGUCACAAGUGCUUUAUGGCACACAGACAACUAAUGGAAGGGAUCAAAUUGUGUUGUGUGUAUGUUUAUGGCAAUGUUUUAAAAAUAAAAAUUAUUCAAGUAGUUUUUUUUAAUUACUGAGAGAAAAAAACAGUAAAGCUUUCUGAUUAAGUAAAAUUUAAAUGGGCAGUACCAUAAUUUAAAAAACUAAUAUUUUAAAGAGAGAGAGACAAAGAUAUUUUGUGCCUUUGACAAAUUAAAUCUAAUAGUGGAAAAAUGUUUCUUAAUUAAGCACUUUACUAGUGAAAAAGAUCUCACAACUUAAUGCCAAAUCAGGUACUGUAUUUUCAUUUAUUAACACAUUACCUUUUGUUUGAAUACUAUAACGUGUACAGUUACUAUUUCAAGACAAUUAUGCUUUUGAGUACUUUGGCAAUUUCCAGCAUAUUAUGUACACCCAGUGAGCAGGUUCUUUGCAUGUUUUGUGUUAUGUAUUACUCUGACUCUUUAGAGAUUAUAUAAAUCCUUCAAAAAUUAGAGGAAAACAAGAUAGUUAUGAGUCUUUAUCGUUGUGGAAAAAUGUGUGCUAACUCCUGAUUUUGUUAAUUUUAUAACAUAGGUUGAAUUUUAGAGUGGGGUUUUUAUAAGUAAUGGAGGAUACAAUGGGUGGGAGAAAAUGGCACACAGCAUCUGAAGAAAGAUAGGGGCAUUGACCUCUAGAGCUCAUACGUUGCCAUUGGAAAGCCUGUGUUGGGCAUCGAUGUCAGAUCCUGAAGAAUCACCUGGAAAAAAUCCCAUCCUAGAGGCAAAGAGGCUACACCAAACCAUAGACUACCGUACUUUGUCACAUGGUUGUCCAUUAUUGUGUAUUAUAGUCAAAAUGAUUACUUGAAUAAAGAAAAAUCCCACUUGACUCUUAAA